AUGUCUCUUACAAUUCAACAAAUAAUUACAGAUGCAAAACGACUGGCCAGUCGAUUAAAAGAUAGAGAUGUCGUAGCUGAUGUAUUACUUAACGAAACUCAUGCAAUUAAUAAAAAAAUAGAUGCAAUGAAACAGUUUCAGGAGGAAGUAGAACAACUCAAUGAAGUUGCAAAUCAAAGACCACAUUCCCAAUUAAUAGCAAAUAUUCAAAAAGAAAAUAGACAUUUGAGAGAAAUCCAACAAGAAAACAGAGAACUCAGAGCUGCUUUAGAAGACUACCAUACUACACUUCAGCAUGUGAUGUCCAAAUACAGACAACACACCAACAAAGAGAUAUAUAGAUCCAAGAUAAAUUUCAAAGCUAUGCAAGAGAAAAAAUAUAAUGAAAUAAUACAACAACAGGCUGAGAAAAUUCAAGAAAUGGCUGCUGUAAUGGACAAAGCUGCUUUAAUUGAUGAAAAUGUUGAUUCUAGGGAACAAGAAGUUGUAUCUAUGUUGAGAAUUGAAAACCAGGGACUGAGAGAAAUGCUUGAUAUUGCUCAAAAAUGUGGAAAUCUAAAAAAA